UAGAUGUUUAAGUACGAUAAACAGAAUUCAGUUGUAGAUGAAGAGUUGUAUUAUUCACAACCUAAGGUUGAGAGUAAAGAGUUAAGAAGAUCUGGAAGGAAGAGAAUUCAGCAUGAAGAGCCAGAUUUUAUUAAUAUCCCCAUAAAAUAUAUCGAAGAAGGAAGAGAUAUUCGUAUUACCUCAAUAGUAGAAGAGAUUCUCGACUUCAGAGUUGUAAAUAACAAGAAAGAAUUUCUACUUAAAUGGAAAGGCUACCCAGAAGAUUUCAGCACAUGGUGCUCAGACAAAUACACUAUAGAAGAAGCUCCUCAUCUUGCUCUCCCAUAUCUUACUGAAAACUACUACAUCCCAAAGAUUGCUUUGAAGUUUGUAAAGAAAGAAUCAGCUCACUAAAUUCCUAAGU